CUCAGUAUUCGCGGGACCACCACCCCGUCGAAGCGAUCUCACGGAGCGGGAUUCUCGGUUCGCGGUGCGUCACCUCUCUCUUCGUCGAGAAGCUCGAUGUUCCGUUGACUCGUGAAAAACGUAUACCUGAGUCUCUCGGCAAUUCUCGCGGCGAAUCGACACGGAUUUUCACGGAGGUUCGUCGAUAACUGUCAGCAAAGAUGAUCACGGCGUUGCCAGUACCCUCAGUGAAGGUCUUCCACAAAACAUAUUAUCAGGAAAAGGGAUCCAGGAUAGCGAGUAGUCAACCUGGAAGUCCUCUAGCUGAGAGCGAGGCAGUAUUAGCGUUAAGUGACAAGGAACCACCAGAAUACUACAUCUGUGGCAAGGUCAACUCUUUGCACGUGAUGGUUGGUUCGCUGCUGCUCGGUGCUGUAGUGUUGGUGGUAGGCCUGGUGCAACUUGCACCAGGAGCCGAAGCUGCACAAAACUCGACAUCCCUGAUUGUCGCCGGAUGCAGUUUGCUGGGCAUCGGUAUGUUCCUUGCGAUGGUCAGAGCUUUGUGCAUCAAGAAACAAAAGGCUGCUCAGAAGGAUGGCACCCAUCAAAGAAGCGUCACCAGCAUAGACAUGCUGUUGGCCCAACACAGAGACUUCACGGUUCUGACGCCCGAUGAACUCGAGGACCUCGUCGGCCGGUCGACCUCCGCCCUGGAGAGUAAAAUUCGUAAACAGGGACACAAUACCUAGGUAUUGUCGGCCUCGAAGAAGGCCCAUUCAUCGUCACCACAGUGCUCGAACACGCCAUCAUCAUCGACGUCGCCAGGAACUAGCUCAUCCAUUCUCUACACGCAUCGUUACGACUCUCGUGAACACAGUCUGGUUUAAAAAGAAAAAAAAAAUAAGAAACUGGCGUACACGUCAGUCUCGUUUCUUAGAAAAAGAAAAUCAAUUUGACUAUUGUGCACGCGGCAAGAGCAGUUUCUUUCUCCGAAGAUUGCACGCUGCCUUCAGCUUGGCGCAAGCGUUAAUCCCUAUGGCGAUCAUGUGACAUUGUCACCGGAUAGAAGAACGACCACGUUGCUCCUUCAGUUUUGGUAAGCACUCGCAAUGGAAUUGCCUGCAAACAAAGAAAAA